GAGAGAGAGAGGCACAGUUAUUGGCGUUGCGGGAUCUCUGCCAGAUAACACGAACUUCCUUUAAUUUUUGGAGACAUGGAUGUGAUUAUAAAAGCAGCACAGCACACCUCGAACUCAUGAACGUGCUAACAACACGCCGGCCACUUCUCCGUAACUUCGUAAAGACCGUUACAUAACGGGUCAGCAGAGAUGAGAGACAUCAUAGGAAUGGCGCUGGCGCUCGUUGUUCUGAGGGUUCGCGGAGAAAACAUCAGUGACGGUUUUUGUACAGAUGGAAAAUGCUUCGUCGUCCACGUAGACAGCUCGAGUUUUGACGCUGCCCAGCUCGUCUGUCAAGAGAAAGGCGGACAUCUGAUGACCGUACGCAGCCAAAAAGUGGCCGAUGAUCUCGGUGGGUUGUUGAACGGCGCUUCUGGAAACUUUUGGCUUGGGCUGAAAUACGCCGACAAUCAGUGUUCAAACCCAAACGAUGGGUUAAAGGGAUUCAAAUGGGUGACUGGAGACAACAGAACCCAUUACGUUAACUGGAAAAGCGACUUAGCUGUUUGUUCUCCGCUAUGUGUUUCGGUAUCACACAAAGAUGGACUUAAAUGGACCGAAAGACCGUGCAAUGACAAAAUUGAGGGUUAUUUGUGCGAAUACGACAACACCGGUUACUGUCCGCCGCUUAGCACUGAUGCACCAGUCUCAUAUCAAACUCUUUACGGAUUUACAGCAAAGGAAGAACUCAAAGAGAUUCCUCAAUUCACCAAUGGGACAUUGCUGCCGCUGAGAACGAGACACAUUUGUGUCGAAGGUUACUGGCUUAAAGCACCUUGGAAUUGUGAAGUUUUUAAUGGUGGGUGUGAGAAUAAGUGCGUUCAGAAUGGACAAAGCUACGCCUGCAUCUGUCCGCCUGGAUUCGAACUCGACAACAACGGAGUCACAUGCAGCCAACAGGACGAUGACCCUUGUGAUUUGGCGAAAUGUGAGCACAAGUGCACAACAGUUGGCAAUGCAUUCGCUUGCACGUGCAAACCCGGCUUUCACAUUGAAGGUGGCGUUUGCGUUGACGAUGACGAAUGCCAGUCUGCACCGUGCGAGCAUGAAUGCAUCAACACUAACGGUAGCUAUUACUGCCAGUGCUUUCCAGGAUUUAUUAAGUCGACGGAGGACAUCCACAAAUGUAAAUUGCACUGUGAUGCAGCAAAAUGCCGAGCUGACUGUGAUUCCAACCAAAUCGAGCAGUGCAACUGCCCCGAUGGUUUCCUACUUGACCAAGACCUGUAUUGCGUUGACAUUGAUGAAUGCGAAGGCAAUUUCUGUGAAUACGGAUGUGAAAAUACAUUUGGAGGAUUUAAAUGUUCUUGCAAAGACGGACACAUGCCUACAGACGAGAACAAAUGUAUAGAAGACUUUGAAGGUUCAGGCAGCUCAACGCCUUUUGAUAUUUUUAUACCGACGAGCAGAUCUCCAACCGACAAGCCGACGUCCAUCUCAGCUGGCAGUCUUUUGGGAAUAAUGGUUUGCAUUGUUGUUUGUAUUCUUUUACUGGUCUGCUUCGCUCACUGCAUAAUGAGACGGCUUAGUAAAAUGCACCAUUAUGACGUGGACAAAGGCCACAAUGAAAUCUACGAUUUUCAACAGGUGAUCAUUGAAAAACACAGCACACAACAGAUAUUUCCAAAUCGAUAUAUAAAAAGAGACACUUAAAGUCGGACACAAACUGAACUGAAAUGUAAAUAGUACAUAAUAGUAAAUAUAUUUGAUUUUGUAUGUAAACAAAUAUAUUAGGCCUAGACAAUGUUAGAACAAACUGAAACUUAUUGCACAUGUUUGAAGUCAUAAAUGUCAGUAUUGCUGAAUGUUGUUGUUUGAAGAGAAUAAAUGCUAUUUUUAAUAUAUAACGUGUAGCAAGUUUGAUUUACAGUAACCUACCUUGUUUUGUCCUCCCUCUGUCUCUACAAUGUUGUCAAAAAUAUUCAGAUAGAUUGGAAAUGACAUCCCUGCUAUAUAAAGAAAAAAAUUGUAAUGGUUGUACUGGCCUACAGUGGAAACUGUAAUGGUGCCUGUUGCUCUUUACUAUUAAUUGGUCAUCUGAGGCUUGUUAAAACCAUUAAAUCCUAAUGGAAUAUAUCCCAAAA